CAAAUUUUCUCAGAUGACGCAAAGACUGUGACUUUGCCUCCCGUCCCCUCUCCCCCUUCAUCUCCACGUCCCUCCUCUCUCCCGCGUCUCUCCCGAUGCCUCGCUCUUGUCGGAGGGGAGACAGCGACACACAGCAGGCAGGAUGACAAACCAGUCGGCAGCCAACCAGUCCAACACAAACAAGGUGAAGGAGAAAGAGGAAAACCAGCGAGAUGACAACACAGAAGUUGCGUAUAAAGAUGCCGGCCACUGCAGCCGCAACACCCACAACCUGCUGCUGGGACUCACUGUUAUGGGUGUUGUCAUGGGAGUGGUGUUUGGGAUGCUGCUGCGGUACAUGAAGGUGACGGACAGCUCCGCCCUCACCAUGGUUUCCUUCCCUGGAGAAAUCCUCAUGAGGAUGCUGAAGAUGCUCAUCCUUCCUCUGAUCAUCUCCAGCCUUAUCACAGGGCUGGCUGGUCUCGACGCCCGCUCCAGUGGCAGGAUGGGGAGUAGAGCCAUGGUGUACUACAUGUCCACCACGAUAAUCGCUGCCAUCCUUGGGGUCAUCCUGGUGUUGGGGAUCCACCCAGGGAACCCCAAACUGAGGGGCGGCAGCUCGAACACAGUCGCGAAGAACCAGGAGGUCAGCAGUCUGGACGCCUUCCUCGACCUGCUCAGAAACCUCUUCCCUGAGAACCUGGUGCAGGCCUGCUUCCAACAGGUUCAGACGGUGCUGAAAAAGGUGCCGGUGGCAGCACCAAACGUAACUGAGCCCAUCUUAGUAAACAGGAAGAAACUGGAAUACAAGUGGGGCAUGAACGUCCUCGGCUUGAUCGGCUUCUUCAUCACCUUUGGGAUCUGCAUGGGCAGGAUGGGCGAGCGCGGGAAGGUCAUGUGCGACUUCUUCAACAUCCUCAACGAGAUUAUCAUGACGAUGGUUUCCUUGAUCAUGUGGUACUCUCCUGUCGGCAUCGCCUCUCUGAUUGCGGGGAAGAUUGCAGCCAUCGGAGACCUGGAGGUGGUGGCCAGGCAGCUGGGUAUGUACAUGGUGACCGUCAUCGUGGGCCUGGUGAUCCACGGCGGCUUGAUCCUACCGGCCAUAUUCUUCGCCACCACCAGAAAAAGCCCAUUCACUUUCUACUCUGGAAUCUUCCAGGCUUGGAUCACGGCUCUGGGCACUGCCAGCAGCGCGGGAACGCUACCCGUCACCUUCCGCUGCCUGGAGGAAAAUCUGAAGAUUGAUAAGCGCGUGACUCGCUUCGUGCUGCCCAUAGGCGCCACCAUUAACAUGGACGGCACCGCGCUGUAUGAGGCCGUGGCAGCCAUCUUCAUUGCCCAGAUGAAUGACAUCACGCUGGACGGCGGGCAGAUCGUCACUGUCAGUAUGACCGCCACCCUGGCCAGUGUCGGAGCUGCCAGUAUUCCCAGUGCUGGAUUGGUUACCAUGCUGCUGAUCCUGACGGCUGUGGGCCUGCCUACUCAGGACAUCAGCCUGCUCAUCGCCGUCGACUGGCUGCUUGACAGAAUGCGUACCUCCAUCAAUGUGGUGGGCGACUCAUUCGGCGCCGGGAUCGUGGACCACUUGUCGAAGGCAGAACUUGCCGAACUCGACGCGGUAGAAAUGCUCCCGCCGGAGGAGGAGCUCGAUUUCAUCCCUCCACCCCCGAUCCUCACGGAGAUGGACCUCGUCGACCCUUUCAAACCGCCCGAGCUGCCCCCUCGCUCCCCUCGCCCGCCCAAACAGAACCACCAUGGCCACGGUCUGUCCCAGUCCCACUCCAUCACUUACUCACCGUCCCGUUCUAUCCGGUCUCCUUCCCCGCGCUCCAUCCGCUCUCCCUCUCCGCGCUCCGUCUGCUCCCACUCCCCCCGGCCUUUCCGUACUCAUUCACCACGCCUCCUCUGCAGGACGGAGCCGGGCUACUGCGCCCUGCCCAGCCAUGAUAACCAGAUUCCCACGCUCCCUCGCUCCUACAGAGAGAGAGACAGGGAGCGCGAGAGGCUGAGGCGAGAGAGUGAGACAGAGGAGGAGGAGGAGAGGGAGAGGGUCCUGGGCGAAGUCAGCGACGGCGAGGAGAGCGAUGACACCGCUUAUGAUCGGAGGCACGCCAUCCCGCCGGCAGACCUGCCGUGAUUGGAUUUUACCAGCAAAAAGCUCCCCCAUCGAUUAGUUUCCGCUUUACGACAGCUUUCCCUCUUUACUGCACGGCUCCACUAGAUUCCAGUGGAGGCUCACAGGGGAUUUCUGGCCGGUUUCUACUUCACAGAUGUAUUUUGAGUUCACUGCUCCAGUAGAACUGUUGGAUACGUGAUGAAUGAGCUUACUUUGAGCUUAUUAUGCUUAGAUAUUAAAAUGUUGCCAUGGCAACACCCUGUAACGUUCCUUCGAAGGGCCCUUAAAAUCAGGCCUGAGACUUUUGCUCCUCGUUUCCUUGCAAAAGUGAGCUUAAAUGGAAAGUAGCUUCCCCAGUUUGCUCAUGUCAUUUCCUUUUUAUAACUCCAUCACUGUCUUGGUUUGUCAUUUCUCAAAAUGCUCCUGUACGUCUGAACGUCCUUACGUUUGCCUGAUAGGAGAGAAAUCGUGGGUCUGCUCUUGAUCAGAGAAGUAUGUUGGUGUUGAGGCCGUUUUACCAGCCUUUUAACGCACAACCAUGAGUUAUCAGUCGAUCCUUUUACCUCGACUCUUUCUCUUCUGCUUUUGUUUACGUGGCAGGAAGUAAGAAUUAUGACAUUUAAAGGAACAGUUUCACAUUUUAACAAAUGCGCUUAUUCGCAUAAAUUUAUAACACUAAAGCUCACAAAUUAACACAAUAUGUCUUGUUUGUCUGCGCCAUGUUUACGCAGUUACCUGCCAACUGGUCUCAGCCGAGAAAUAGUCCAGCACAUAAAUGUCCAUAAAACCACAGCUUGUUGUUUUGAACACUAGCUGCUUCCUCCUGUUUCAAAUCUUUAUGCUAAGCUAAGCUACCCGGCUGCUAGGUCUCAUUUAACUCUUGGCAAGAAAGCUGAUGAGCAUAUUGUCCCAAAAUGUCAAACUAGUCCUUUAAAUGAGCUGAAGACCACCAACAACUUCAUGUAAAUGAGAGAAACACACAACCAGCAGACAUUAUUUUUAUAAUUCUCUACCGUCUUGCGUCUCAUUUUCAUCCUCGGUGCUCUUCUUGCACACCACCUCAUUUUCCCCCCACAGCGGUCACUCUUGAUGUUAAUAUUGUCUAUAUUAUCUAUGUUUUGUAUUUUCUUGUUGUGGUCUGGUGUCUGAAAUGACGAGCAAUAGGCAAGAUGCUGUUUUGAUUUUGUUGUAUGUUUAAAUUUACUAUAUAUCUCACUUUUACUGUCGCUUAUCAUUUGAGUUCUUGAUUUCUGUAAAAUAGCUUCAUCAGUCUCCUCCUCCCACUAAACUGCCUUUCAUUUUAAAUAUAAUUUCAUCAACUGCCUCCCUGCAUCCUCAAGUCUUAACUCAGAUUCACA